GUCUUGCUGCAAGCUCAUUGGUUUUGCUCGUUCGUGUAUGCAAUCAGCUGCAAUCUCUUGGUUUUGCGGAAAUUUGUGUGUGACAUACUCCAGAACUGAAGCUAUGUACCAGGUGCCAACAAUGUGGAUUAAAAAAGAGGAAACAGAUGAAGUACAAACUGAGUUACACUCCAUGUUUCUUGAAGACCAAUUAAAGACUGAAGGCACUAGUGUUUCAGUAAAGCAAGAUCCAGAACUGAAACAACAUGCUGAUGGAUCUGAGCAUAAUUCUGUUAAAGAUCCAUUGGGAAUAUCAUGGCCCACUGAUUUUAUCAAGGAGGAUCCUGAACUAAAUUUGGAAAUGAAUGUAACUGAGAAUAUUGUGGCAGCCUCAGAAAGAUAUGCAUCCGAUAGUGCGCGGUUGAUUCAUAGUACUGGUGGGAGCUGUGGCACAUCAUGUGAAGAAACUUGUCACCAUGGACGGGUCCUGGAUGACUGGGAGAUAGACAGAGAGAAGUCACCACGCGAGUUUGGUAGACAUAAAGAAGGGAUUAUGGAUAAGGAAUGCUCAGUUGCCACCAUAUAUGACUGCAGUAUGAGGGAAAAGGAAUUUCAUGUAUAUAGCUGUAACUUCUGUCUACAGAGCUUUCCUUCAAAAUACAGACUCAUAAUGCAUGUGUUUAUGCACAUUGAUGGCAUGCAGCCGCCUUUGUAUGUUUGUAAGUGGUGUGGUGAGGUAUUUCACAGUAAUGUAAGCUUGAAAAAACAUUUGAGAAUGAGUGAGAAUUAUAAAGACUUAACUGCUGCCAAUCAUGAAAAAUAUGGCUUUAGUGAUAAGCAUCAAAGCGGUAUCUUCUCAGAUAGAGUGUCAGAAGUUCCUGUCACAGAACACAAUGAGCUAUCUUCAUAUAAGGAAACUUGGAAAGCUUCAAACAGGUCCUCUAAUGACAUAUGUAACACACAUAUGACACAUGAUAUGGAGACAACAAAUCAUUAUGGAAAUUUAUCUACAGCUGUUAAUGUCGGUGCCCAGGCUGUUCUGCUUACUGCGAGCAGACCCCACAAAUGCGGUAUUUGUGGUAAGUCUUUUCCUGUGUCAGGUAGGCUCAAGAGACAUGAAUUAAUUCACACUGGAAAGAAACCUCACAAAUGCGAUAUUUGUGACAAAUCGUUUGCCCGGUCAUCUAGUCUCAAGACACACAAAUUUAUCCACAAUGGAAAGAAACCUCACAAAUGCGAUAUUUGUGACAAAUCUUUUGUCCUGUCAUCUAGUCUCAAGAGACACAAAUUAAUCCACACUGGAAAGAAACCUCACAAAUGCGAUAUUUGUGACAAAUCGUUUGUCCUGUCACUUACUCUGAAGACACACAAAUUAAUCCACACUGGAAAGAAACCUCACAAAUGUGAGAUUUGUGGCAAAUCUUUUGCUGUGUCAGGUAGUCUCAAGAGACACGAAUUAAUCCACACUGGAAAGAAACGUCACAAAUGUGAGAUUUGUGGGAAAUCUUUUGCUAUGUCAGACAAUUUCAAGAGACAUGAAUUAAUUCACACUGGAAAGAAAAUGCACAAAUGUGAUAUUUGUGGCAAAUCGUUUGCCCUGUCAUUUAGUCUGAAGACACACAAAUUAAUCCACACUGGAAAGAAACCUCACAAAUGUGAGAUUUGUGACAAAUCGUUUGCCGUCUCACGUCGUCUCAAGAAACACAGUUUAAUCCACACUGGAGAGAAACCUCACAAAUGUGAGAUUUGUGGGAAAUCUUUUACUAUGUCAGACAAUCUCAAGAGACAUGAAUUAAUUCACACUGGAAGGAAACUGCACAAAUGUGAUAUUUGUGGCAAAUCUUGUACUGUGCCAAGUAGUCUCAAGACACAUCAAUUAAUCCACACUAGAAUGAAACCGCACAAAUUUGAUAUUUGUGGCAAAUCUUUUGCUGUUUAGAUGGUCUCAAGAGACACAAAUUAAUCCACACUGGCAAAUGUGAUAUUUGUGACAAAUCGUUUGCCCUGUCAGGUAGUCUGAAGACACAUGAAUUAAUUCACACUGGAAAGAAACCGAACAAAUGCGAUAUUUGUGGCAAAGCCAUUGCUCUGUUAGGUAAUCUCAAGAGACACAUUGAUUCACACAGGAAUGAAACGUCAGAGAUGUGAUAUUUGUGCUCUAUCGUUUGCCUAGUCAGCCUAUCUCAAGGCAGAUACAUUAAUUCACACUAGAAUGAAACCUCACAAAUGUUAUAUCUGUGGCAGAAGUUUCAGUCAAUUGGGUACUCUCAAGACUCGUGCAUUACUUCACAUCAGAAAGCAAGUGCAGGUUAGUGUUAGUUUAAACAAACGGAUUUCUCUGGUUGCUGCUCUCAAGGCCUAUAAAAUAAUGGAUGUAGCAGGGAGACAAUAAAUUGUAAUGACUGUGAAAUAACAUUAAAAUGUGGUAGAAUUCUGAAAAACUGUGCAACAAUGUGAACUACAGUGUGGUAGCAGAUAAUGUUACAAUAUGAAAAUCCAUAUCUGUAGCUUAAGAUGUCAAGAAAUUGUAUUACUGUAUA